AACAAAACGCUGGAAACCCAGACAAAAAAAAGUCCAAGCUCAUCUAGAUAACCUACAGAGAAAGUAUGAGUUCUCAGUGGUACAGAAGAGCCGUGUAAACAUUGAACCAGCAGUGCAAGAGGUAAAACCUCAGAAACAGGAACAGGACUUUCCUAAAUCCUCUAAGGUUCCCACUAACAUCUGUCUUUAUGAACUGCUGGCUAUCCUCAUGGACUGGAUAUCAGAUAGUCACCUGUGUAAUCCUGUGCCUGAAGGUGAAAAUGAGAGCAAGGGGGUGCCUGGCCAGCACACUUUACCAAACAACUGUAUUCAAGAGAAAUGCACAAAGCUGUUGCCUUUGCUGACAACUUCAUCUGAUGCCAGCUAUAAACUCCAAGCUUCACAUACUGCUGGUAAAAUUCAUCUAUUGGACUUUAAGGCAGUCCGAAAUUGGAACACAGUAAACUUCUUUGACUUAAACUAUGAGAAGACUGGGUAAAGAAAUCUACAGAGGAGCUAUAAUUCAAGGAGAACCAGAAAGUUCUGAAGAACAAGCUAACAUUGCAAAACAAAAGUCUGCAAUCUUCUUCGAGUCCUAACCUACGUAUAAGAUUUCUGUCAAUGCUAAUAGUUCUUAAAACAAUUUCACAAGGUAAGGCUAUUUGAAUAACUGUAUAAAGCAAAGGAAAACUGGUAAACGAUUUCACUGUAAGAUGCAAUGCAAUCCAUAUUGUGAUAUGCAUAUCCUGAUAUAAUAUAGUACAUAUCACAAUACAUGUAAUAGGCCUAAUGGGCUUCACUGUGUGAAGUGUAAUAGGAUAAAACGCUUGUCACCAAUGGACUAUUUUAUUGUGUGAAACUUAAAUGAGAUUGAGGAAGCAUAUAAAGGGUUCGUGCUAACUUUGAUUCAAGUUUAUUCAACAACCAUUUGGCAUAGUAUUUUUGGUCUUCGAUCACAAUCUUUAAACAGUGUAUAUGACAGUGCGUGUAAGUCUCUGGUGGAUUAAUGUUUGUAAAAAUAAGUGAAAUUGCACUUCGUUACAUAAAGUGAUUUUAGAUCCACUGAAUAGACACUUAGAAUAUCAAUAUUUUGAUAAAUUCCUGCCUACGUUCUUUUUCACUCAGACAGGAAAAGCUUAAAAUAUAGCAAACAAAAAAUUGAAAAGCUUACUUUUAAGCAUUGGAAUGAUUAGUACUGUAUUGUACUCUAUUGAUGCUUAUGGGCUUCACAGACGUGAUCUGUCUGGUGUUAUCAUUGAACAAGCUGCAUAUGCAUGACUUGCAUAGGUGGAUGCUGGUUAAUACUUCUCUGUGAACUGGAGAGAAAGCUGGAUCAUGUGUCUUUGAUUUCAUUUGAUUCUGACAGGGGUUGUGCACUCUGUUUUAAUAAACCAGUUUAAUGAAAAAUGAAUGGCAUUUCUAGAAUG